AGUGGAUGGAUGGAUGAAUGGAUGAAUGCGUGCAUGCAAGGGCUCCAACUAGUUUCCGGAUUUGGAGACACCUUUUUGCCACACCUUGGCUGCACCUGGUCAGGGACCAGGGGCUGAGGACGGAAGUCCCACCUCCAGGAGCCCCGCCCCCAGAGGAGCCCCGCCCCAGGGCCGUAGCCACGCCUGUCUCCUAGCAACUGUAAACAGAAUUGGGCAGCUUCGACCCCCGGGCCUCCCUGCCUGGGCGGAUCGACUUGCAUCCUCCGAGCCUUCUCGCCUGGCGGCUGUGCAGCGGGUGUACGAGCUGGCUGACGCCAGGGUCUGAGCCCAGGGUGCUGCCCAGCGCAUCGCGUUGCAGCCAGGAGUGCCGGGCCUGUGGGUGCUCUGCGGAAUGUCCCUGCACGCCUGGGAGUGGGAAGAUGAGGACAGGGCGAGCAUGGGGCCCAUGUCCUCCAUGGGCAGCUUUUACCAGUCUGGCAGUGAGUGGGACACGGAGGAGUACCUGAAGGUCAGAGGCCAAGCCCCGGAGUCGGAUUCCGACCACCCGUGUAGCAAGUCCUCACAUGGGCCUGCCGACAGCUUCCAGUCUGAUGUGCCCCAGGCUGUCCCCUGCAAGUUCGUCAUCUCACUGGCCUUCCCGGUGACUGCUGGUCAUAGAGGAAAACAUACAUGUUUUAUUGAAAAACAUAGGAAACACUCUCGAAUGGACAAGCAUGCUUCCAAGCAGCGCUGUUACUACCACAUGGAGUAUUUCCUUCUGCCGGAUGAUGCAGAGCCGAAAAAGAUUGACAUGGUGGUGUUUCCAACGGUGGCCAAAUUGUUCCUGGAUUCAGGAGUAAGGACGGUGAGGCCGUGGCAGGAAGGGGACAAAAUCUGGGUGUCAUGGACCCAGACUUUCAACAUCAACAUGACGAAGGAAUUACUAAAGAAAAUAAAUGUUCACAAAAUCACCUUGAAGGUCUGGGACACCAAGGACAAGGUUUCAAGAAAAGUCAGGUAUUAUCAGUUAAAGACUCCUGCAUAUUCAGAAGACGCAGGAUCUUUUGAGGAAGUGAAAAAUUUGGUUUUAAGUCAGAGAAGAUUGUGUGAAGAGGGCGCACACAUCAGAAAGGAGUGGAACCAGGAGCAUGCACCAGAAAAAGCAGAAAAGGCAGGAAAACACAUAAAGCCUUCGCAUGCAGAGCCUGAAACUUUUUCCAAGAGCUCCGAGGAAUAUGAAAAGGCACUCCGAAUGGAUGAUCUUGGCAUAGUUCGAUGGAGUAUUUCAAGAGAACCAACUGUUUAUUUGGAGACAGCACCUGGGAUGGAGAUGAAGGAAUUAAUGGAGAGAUCAUUUAGCAGUUUAACAAACAUAGUAGAAAAGCAAAAAUUUCAAAGUAAAAGGAAAGAGUCGGAGGUGAAAAAGAAGAGCCAGAAGAGAAAGAGGAAAUCUCGAGUGGAAGACAGUGACUUCAAGGGGGCAGGAAAUUGGAAGCACGGAGCUUUCUCUACCGAACUGGUGCUGAUGCCGCUCCUCGCAGGAUGGCAAACUGUCAUGAGUUGUGGCUGUUGGAAGUCUGCCAGCAUUUUAGAUUGUUAUUUGAGUUUUAAAACAGAAGUUCCUAUCAUGACUGAGGAGCAAAAGCAGGAUUUAAACCCUUUGACCAUAAAGAUCAAGUGUGUUUCCUGCCUUCCAUCACAACCUGUGCCAAUCCAUGAACUAGAGAGGCUGUGCACCCCCGUGUACUGCAAGUACAAGUUCUUUAAGACUCCAGUUCACAAGACGGAGGGGAAGCCCCAUGGAGUGCACAUCUACUUCCAGGACAUCAAUGUCAUCUUUCUUGGGCCAAUGCAGCCCAGUGACCUGAGGGAAUACCUGGAGGGGCCCCCCAUGAUUGUGGAGGUUCACGACAGGGACCGCAAGUUAGAAGAGUAUUCCUGGAAGCCCACCCUGUUUGGGGAUGACCCCUUGGAUUCACACCUCAACCUCCAGGCCCUCAUCUCUCCGGAAGAGACAGAGAACAACCCUUUUGAAUCCCAAAACAAGAUAUGGGACCCUUAUGGGGUUGCCAAGGUCAGUUUUGCCGACCUUCUCCUUGGCCACAAGUACUUGAACUUGGUUGUCCCCAUCCACAGGUGUGAGCCCAAGCCCACACAUCAUGGCCGAGAUGGCAGGAGCAGGAAGGUUGUGGGGUUUCGGGUCCCCACAGAUGGCUUUCAGCACAGCUCAGUGCCCAUGGGCAACUACCUCGAAGCCAACUCCCAGCUCAAGCUGCGGGUGGACAUUGCAGUGCCACUGCGGGCCAGCGCCGAAGCCCCUGACCCUGAACUUACAGGCACCCUGUUUGGCCGCAUCAUUUUCGUGUUUGACUCCAGAAAGAUCUCCCUCCUCUCCAGCCUGCUGCAGGACAUCUCCAUGAUCAAUGCCAAGGCCCUUGAUCUGGACGCCUACUCUGCUGGGAACAUCCAGCAGAUUCUGUCUGCCUUUAAGAUGCACAUGAGGAUCCAGGAAAGGCAGGACCUGGAUGUGCUCACUGGCUUCCACCUGCUGGAUGGGAAGAUCCAUCUUCUCAUUCUGGAAGGUUUGGCUGACCAAGGCUUGAAGCGGCUGUGGGACAGCCAUCAAAGCCGAAACACCAAAGCAGAACACGGGAAAUGCAAGGUGCUCUACAACUCCACGCUACUGUUUCGCCACCGCCUGUACGCAGACCUGGAGACCGUCCUGUACCAAGUGCACCUCUUCAAGCCGCUGUCGCAGCUCAUGAAGCACUCGGUGCUCUACGUCCGCAACACCGUUCCAGAGAAGACCUUCCAGGCCCUGACCAGGAUCUACUGCAUCUGCUAUCACAGCAGCAAACUCAGGGAGGUGAUCACAGGAGACCUGCUGCCAUCCUCUGCCAUGGUCAAAGACUUGAGCCAAGAGCUGGGGCUGCCCAUUUCGCAAGAAGGCCUCACAGAUGGAAAACCGUCGGUCUUGCCAACUCCUCCCGCCCCCAAUCUCGAGGACUUCCGAGCUCAGAAAUCCGACCUCGGUUAUGAGAUCCAAGCCCACCAGGAGAAGUAUCUGCGGUGGCGGAACGCCAUGGCGCUAAAGAACAGAGGCCAGGAGCGCAGCCUGAUCCAGAAAAAUAUUGCCGGGGUCUACCAGGUCGGCAAGAAGCCUCCGAAGUCUGUGGUGAAGGUGAUCAGAAUCGCAGUGCCUGCCAAAGACGCGGUUUAUAACUACAGCAUCCAGACCCUGAAUUCCACACAGCUUGCCAAGAAGGAGCUGUAUCGAGAGAUGGCCAAGGAACCAAGGAAGAGGUUCACGUACUCCCAGAAUUACCUCUCAGCCAUGGUGGAGCCCCAGGACUCUGAGGAAGAGGAAAAGAAAGCCAAGAAGCAAUCCUGCCAGGCCUGGCUCACGGCCAACGGAUUCCAACUGACAGGUCUUCACAAAAGCACCGAAAGCGACCGUCGCAUCAGGCUGCCGCCCAAUGGCAUGGUCACAGAGCUGAACGAGGAGUGGAGGGAAAACACACCGCUCGCUAACGUGCUGGAUCGAAGGAGGUGGACGUGGGACCGGCGCCACCAGGACUUUGACCUGUACAGGAAGCCACCACUUUUCUUCGAGCUGCCCCCUUCUCCAGUGCUAAAGCCCAGAACAGGUAGGAAGACAAAAGGGAGUAGCCCUGUGUCCUGAGCAGCACAGACCUCCUCCUCAGAGCUGACCGCCAGUGCGGGCCACGGCCACAACUCAGCAAACCAGCAGCCUCCUGGACCAGUACCGGGCUGAGGCCUUUGACCUGCCCAGUCCCUCGCUCCCGAGACUCCUUGACUGGGUCAUGCGGCUCGCUGACCCCCUCCUCCAACCACUGGCCUCAUUAAAGUUCAGAGGAUAAAGCGGGCA